AGAAACACGACUCUUAAAACAUUGUUCGUCGAUGGUCUGUGUCUGUCGGUGUUGGUCGAAACAUUUUGAUCCUGUAAGAAAGAGUUCCCAAACUUGAAGAUGGGACUUUAUACCACUUUACUUUUAAAUGCAUUCAUUUGCAUUGCUGCUAUUGAAUGCGUUAUGGAAAAAGAGUCGUGGAUAAUUGAGGCAGCUAAAACAUUGAAUGCUCAUAAUGAAAAACGCAGACUUCAUAUCGAUACUCCAGACCUUAAACAAGGCUUUAGACAAGCCGUAAAUGCGAAAAAUUGUGCUAUUAGAAUGUUCCGGGAGAAUCUUGAUCCAAGUCAACACCCUUGUAAUCCUGGAAGUGUAGAAGAGGGUGAAAAUAUAUAUGUUGGUAGUUCCGACAUAUCAUCUGGCAUUGCACGUGAUCUUGGACCAGCAAUGCAACAAUGGUAUGCUGAAUGGGCUUUACUUGGUAAUUUGGAAAACCGUGAUUGGAUGUUUUCAGCUGACAAUAGAUUGGUCGGUCACGUGACACAGGUAUUAUGGAAAUCUACAACACUUGUAGGGUGUGGAGGUGCGUAUGCAGAAAUCGGCAGCAUCCGAAGAACAUACAUCGUAUGUCGCUACUCUCCACAAGGAAAUGAUUACAAUGGGGCUUCCCUCCUUGCAAAUGUGCUUCCCUUGAAAAAUUCUCCUUCGUCGUGCGUUGAUCGAGCUGAAUCGAUCGGGCAAUGUAGUUACCUUGCCACGAAUCCUGCACAGUACUGCGGAGGACCGUUCCGAUCGUUGAAUGAAGCCAAUUGUCCUGCAACAUGUAAUGCAUGUUAAACUUGUUAUUUUUCUUACAAUGUUAGACAAUUGUCGAUGCAAGAGAAUCAAUUUGAAAUACCAGAAAUCACUUUAUCUGGCAUUGUAGGAUUAGCCUUGUAUUACUAAUAAAGCAUUGAGAUAAAAUACAA